AUGGCCCCCCAUCCGCUUGCAAUCCUCACGGAGGAGGAGACCAACAUCGCCCGCGAUGUUGUCGUCUCAUGUCAUCCCAACACCGUCAUUGACUUUCACGAGAUCUACUUGUUGGAACCUCCCAAGGUCCAACUGAGUGAAUUUCUCGCGCUAGAGCACGCAGGUCGUCUAAGCCCGACUACCCCUCGUCCUGCGCGCAUGGCCCUGUGUCAGUACCGUAUUAUUGGGUCCGAUAAGAUCCCAUCAUACGAAGAGGCCGUAAUUGACGUGGAAAACCGAAAAUGUGUCAAGCACAAGGUUGUGGCGAAACCAAAUCACGCAGCCCUCACACUGAGCGAAUUUGACAUCCUCGUGGAGCGAUGCUUUGCCUCCCCUCUGUUCAAACAAGCUCUAGCGGAGUUCGACCUUCCUGAAGGCUUCGAAGUUGUCAUCGAGCCUUGGCCAUACGGUGGAUUGGACUACUCCGAUGAGAACCGACGAUACUUCCAGGGUUUGUGUUUUGCUCGAGACGCAAGCAAGAAGAAUGACGAUGCCAAUUUCUACUCCUACCCUCUGCCUGUUAUCCCUGUAAUGGAUGCGCACACCCAGGAAAUCAUCCGGGUUGAUCGUCCCGCUACGGGAGGCAAGGGAGAAGGUCUACAUGACCAGACAUUCAAGAGGGAUAUUAUCGGACACUGCAAAGCAUCUGAUUAUGUACCGGAACUGCUGCCCCAAGGCACACGGAAGGAUCUGAAGCCGUUGAACGUGGUACAACCUGAAGGGCCGUCAUUCCGGGUUACAAACGAAUCGCUGGUCGAGUGGCAGAAGUGGAGAUUCCGCGUUGGCUUCAAUCCCCGUGAAGGAGCCACUAUUCAUGAUGUUUGGUAUGAUGGACGUAGUGUCAUGUACCGGUUGGCUAUCAGUGAGAUGACCGUGCCAUAUGCCGACCCCCGUCCUCCAUUCCACCGUAAGCAGGCCUUCGACUUCGGUGACGGCGGUGGUGGAAACAUGGCGAAUAAUCUGUCUAUUGGGUGCGAUUGCUUGGGUGUCAUCAAGUACUUCGACGCCUUCGUGACUCAGUCGGACGGCACGGCAAAGAAGCUACCGAAUGCCAUCUGCUUGCACGAGGAGGAUAACGGAAUCGGCUGGAAACACUCCAAUUGGCGCACCGGUCGCGCCGUGGUGACCCGCAACCGGGAACUAAUCGUGCAAUUUAUCAUCACGCUGGCCAACUACGAGUACGUGUUUGCCUACAAGUUCGACCUUGCAGGUGGCAUCACCGUGGAGUCGCGCGCAACUGGUAUCCUGAACGUGGUCAACAUCGACGCCGGCAAGGUCAGCGAAUACGGCAACGUGGUCAGUGGAGGUGUUUUGGCCCAGAAUCAUCAACACAUCUUCUGCGUUCGCAUCGACCCUGCCGUUGAUGGUAGCGAUAACUCCGUCGUCGUGGAGGAAUCGCACCCCGUGCCUAUGAACGAAGUCACCAAUCCCAACGGCAACUUCUACCAGGUGACGAACGACACUAUUCAGCGUGCAGGAUGGUUAGACGCCGCUCCGGAGUUGAACAGGACAAUCAAAAUGGUCAACCCGCAUCGCAUCAACCCGAUCAGCGGCAAGCCAGUAGCCUACAAAUUCAUUCCUCUAGCAACGCAGCUACUGCUAGCAGACCCCAACUCGAUCCAGGCCAAGCGCGCUCAGUUCGCGCAGCACCAUGUCUGGGUGACCAAGUACCGCGACUGGGAGCUGUACGCCGGAGGACGGUACACACUGCAAAGUCAGCAGGAGAUUGGCGGAGUAUCGGAUGCGGUUCGACGCGGAGAUUCAGUGGACGACACGGACGUGGUGGUGUGGAGUUGCUUCGGAAUCACACACAACCCGCGCGUGGAAGAUUGGCCUGUGAUGCCUGUUGAGACUUUCCAGCUCAUGAUCCGACCUUCGGAUUUCUUCACGGCGAACCCAGCGCUGGAUGUGCCGUCGGACAAGAACGCCGCAUCCAAGGUGGUUGGCGGGGAAUGCUGUCGCAAUGCACAUAUGUAG